AUGAGUCAGGAGACCAUCAUUCCGCAUCAUAGUGGCUCUUCUCUGUUUGAUCCGCUUUCUUCCCCUCAGGAGAAAAGACUUGGCAAAAUACGCAGAAGCACUGUUGGAAUGCUGGCCUUGCAGGAGACAAUUAAAGAAAAACAGGCAAGAUACAGAGAAGCCAGGGAAAAAAGAAAAAUGAAGCUUGAUCAAACACAUCAAUACAUUAUUGAGCUCUUAGCUCGAAGACUGCAACUGCAGAAUAGUGAUGUUGAAGAUUUUCUAUUGGAUUCCCUAUCUGAGAAAAAUGCUCACAACGCAUGUGAGCGUUCGCGGAUUGGAGGCGGCCAGACCCAGCUAAUGAUAUUAAGCCGCUUUGAGCAGGAGGUCCUGGAGCUUAAGAGGUGCUAUGUGCCCAGGUCCACUGGUGUUGAUGACAUUUUAAUUUUUCAAAAAAACAUUGUGCUGAAUAAUAUGCUUCGAAAACGGGAUUGCGGUGACAUAAUAUUUGUUGCGAUGACGUCGGAUCGCAUUCCCGAUAGAGAGGCUGCCCUGGAGGAAGAAGACCCAUUAGAAACCAAUCAAUCUUCUGAUGAUGAGAUCGAUGAGGAUGUUCAUGAACCACUAGAUGAAGUGCAAGGGCCUGCAUGGGAGCACAUGGUUGGCCCUGACACACGUGAGGCCAAGGUUCCAGAGAAGAAUGGACCUAAUACAGCCAAGCAGGUGAGGAGUGGCAGCGGGCUGGCCCAGUUGGCGAUUCUCAGCCGCUUCGAGCAGGAGGCUGGAGAAAGUGGCCGAAUUAUUGCUGGAGUUGCUAAAGGGACCAAAAUGAUGAGAUUAUGUCAGGGCAAUUUGUCUGACGUUCGCUUGGAUGGUCUGUGCUUGUUUUUGGUUCGGUACAAAAAUGACACUCCGAUCACAGUGAGAAAUAUACAUGAGGAAGCAUCCUUUUGUGUCUUGGAUGGUACUGAUGGAAUACUUACCGGUGCUGCGAUUAUGCUAGAAAAUAUUUUCUUACCAGCUAUUUCUAUGACUGGAAAUUGGGGAGCACUUAACCAAUUCGUACAUGGAGAGAAAAAUAAGAAAGCUUUCAAAGAUAUUAUUCGCAGAUACAUCACUUUCUUAAAUGGUACAAGAACAAGUCUUGAAAAAGCUGUCGUGCUGAAGAGCGAGAAGGUUGAGAUUUCUCAGCUGCUUUCAUACGAGCAAGUAAAAGCUGCAGUGUCAAACCCAGAAACGAUUUUACAGCUUGAAAAUUUACUUUUGAUGUGGCACAAUCAACUAGAACAGGUGCUGGCACAAAGUGAUCAAGUGAGAAAAGAAGCAGAAGAUUCAGGUCCACUCACUGAACUGGAAUAUUGGAAAUGCAUGUCUGCUAAAUUCAAUUCCAUCAUAGAGCAACUUAGAGGACAACAUUGCAAGGCAGUGAUCAAUGUUUUAAAAACAAGUCACUCAAAAAUGAUAAAGAUGUGGUUGGAGCUGGAUUCUCAAAUCACUGAUGCGGCUAAUGGAGCAAAGGACAAUGUGAAGUUUCUGCAGGCAUUAGAGAGAGUCUGUGAGCCACUUUAUAAUUCAGAUCCAGUGACUAUGACGAAAGGUGUUCCAAAUUUGAUAAAUGCAAUUCAAAUGAUCCACAAUGUGUCAAGAUACUACAACACCUCACAGCAGAUGACCUCCCUAUUUAUUAAGGUCACAAACCAAAUGGUUACAGCUUGUAAGGAAUAUAUCACUGAGGAUGGUAGCACACGUGUGUGGGACCAGGAUUCUGAAGUCAUUAUUCGAAAAGUGGAGGAAUGUAAAAAAUUGUUAGCAGAAUAUCGCAAAUAUUUUCAGAACACAAAGAAACACACAACUGAAACAGUGCGAGAUACUCCAUUUGAUGUGUCAGAAAUGUACAUAUUUGGUAAACUUGAAGUCUUCUGCAAAAGACUGGCAAAGAUCACAGAAAUGGUUGAAGCAACAAAGACCUUUUCUGUAUUGAAGACUUCUACAAUUGAAGGAAUUGAGAUCCUCGCAAUAAAAUAUCAGAAUAUCUAUUUGAAUCUCAAAAAGAGUGAUUAUGAUAUUUUGGACCCUCGGAAGAAAGAGUUCAAUUCAGACUAUGGUGUAUUCAUGAAGCAAAUCUUCGAUUUAGAGAACUUGCUUGGUGACUUCAUGAGUAGCUGUUUUGCUAAAAUUAUUUCUUCACGGCAUGCUUUACAAGUUUUGCAGAGAUUUCAGAAUUUGGGUAUACCGUCUCUUGAGUCAGAAAUUGCAAUUACAAUUGAACGUAUUCUUCAGCACUAUUUAGCAGAGCUAAUGGCCAUACAAAAGCAUUACCAGAUUUGUAAAGAAAAUCCACCCCUUGCUAGAAACAUGCCUCCUAUAGCUGGAAAGAUACUGUGGGUGAGACAGCUCUUCAGACGCAUAUUUGAGCCCAUUGACUAUUUCUAUAAAAAUUCUGAUAUUCUGAAAAGUCCACAGGGAAUGUCCAUUGUGCGAAUGUAUAACAAAGUUGCUUAUGUACUGGUGAAGUUUGAAGUGUUGCAUCAUAAGGCCUGGACAAAAGAAAUUUCAACUGUAGAAUACUUCCUGCAUGCAACACUUUUGAUACGUGAUCCAGAUACUGGGGAAUUCCAUUCGAACUUUGAUCACAGAAUUGUUGAAGUUCUUCGAGAGACUAAAUGUAUGUUGAAGAUGGGACUGGAGGUGCCAGACAUUGCCAAAUGUUUGCUAAAGUCUGAGAAUACAGUGAAAUCUAACCGUGAUCUUUUAGAGUGUGUUCUUCAAUCAUUUGAGAAUGUUUGCCAAAGAAUUCCUUCUGAGUAUGUGACAUUGAUAACACCAAAAAUUAAAAAGAUUGAAUCAAUUCUGAGACAAGGAAUUACUUCACUGAAUUGGUCAUCAAUAACACAUGACCAAUUCUUCUCUGAUGUAGGCACAGCCAUAGAUGAGUUGACUGCAUUGCUCAAGACAAUAACUGACUUGCGAGAGAUGCACAUAGAUCAAGUGUUGGAAGAGAUAGCCAGAAAGAUUAUAAUCAAGCUACCAGAGGAUCAUUCUUUAACUUUGCAAGAAGUGCUUGGAUUCAAUGAGGGAAAUGGCAGCCAUGAUGGAGCAGAGGCUGAAAUGGUUUCAGCCGAAAUGCAAGCGCACGUGAAAAACAUUCAGAUUGAGUUUUGCAAAGUACAACAUGUCAGUGCAAGGGUGGAAGGAAAGGCUGCAAGCGGGACUAUGGCUAUUCAGCAGAAGAGCCUGCUGGUGAAGGCUUGCUGUGAAGAAUGGGCAGAGAUUUUAGCUCCAAAAGGCAGAUAUAUUGAAAAAACUGUGGACCAACUAGUGGAAAUAUUUGUGGAAAUCUCUGACCAGGCAUUAAUGAGUGAAAUCACAAAACCUGAUGAUGCAUCAGAGCGUAGACGGGUUGGAUUUACAGAGGAUCAUCCAGAAGAACAUAUAUCUUUUAAGAUCCGUGGCCCUGUUAAACCAGAUAUUCAUCAUGUCAAAAAAAAUGAGGAGUUUGAAAAGCCACCAAAACUUGCACCUAAGUUUGUAAGAGACAAAGAAGUUGAUGGUUUGCCUAGUGAUGAUUUAACUCGUCUGUUGCCAAGAAGAUCUGGAGCUACUGGCUUGCAGUGGCUGUCCAGGUGCCCAUUUAAUAUGGCACUUUUGGACCUUCGACACCAUGAGGAUAUUAAAGAGCUUUAUGCAUAUUUUAGCCAUCAUUUCAUCGAUGCAUUAGUGAAAUGUACAUUUCUGUCAUUAAAUGCUCUGAAAAGAAGAGUCUUCAAAGGAACAUAUGGCUACUCAAGCAAUGUUGAAGAGCUUGCUCCCUUUUUGAAGGCUGAAGUGCGCUUGGCAAUUCCAAAUGUGGUUAUGGUACCAAAUCUGGAUGAUAUCCAGCACGGAAUUAACCGAAUAGUCCAGAUGGUUUUGGAUGUGAGCCGUAAGGUCAUACAGUGGAGGCAAUCGAAAAAUCAUCAGGAGAAUGCUAAUGAUGCACAGGACACAGGAGGUGAGGGGUGCCAGAUAAAAAGGGACAAGGCUAUUUAGCAUGAGGACCUUAUUCCAUCCAGGCAGCUGAAGACUUUUUAUCACAACGUGGCAGAACACAAAGAUGUAACCAAAUUAAUAGUUAUACUGUCUGCUUCUGUCAACUCACUGAAGGACACUAUCACCAGUGCACUAGAACAUUUCCAAAAUUUUAAGAUGCUGUGGCUAGAAGACAGAGACAAAACAAUUAAGAAAUUCAUGGAUAGCAAUCCCACUCUAUACGAACUCCGAACAGAAAUAGAGUUCUAUGCCACUUUUCAGCAAGAGAUUGAGGAACUCAGCUCCAUUAUUAUAUUAGAUUUUAUUGAACUGGACACAGAACCCAUGAAAAUGGCGCUUUUAGUGGAAGCCAAAGGUUGGAUUAAGUCACUUUGUCGGUUCUUAAAUGAACAGUACAAGGCAAAAAUGUCAGCGAUAACAAUGUUUAUCAGUGAAAAAAUGAAAAAUCUGGCACGUCCUAUUCAGGACUUGGAUGAUGUUAGAUUUGCCAUGGAGUCUUUAGCAGAAAUACGAAGAAACGAGAUACAGAUGGAUAUGACUUUGGGACCCAUUGAGGAAGCAUAUAGCAUACUGAAUCGGUAUGAAGUGGAAAUUUCAAAGGAGGAAGCAGAGGGAGUUGACACACUUAGGUACUCUUUCAACAAAAUGCAAGUCAAAGCUAGAAAUGUGCAAGAUGAAUUGGUACAAGUCCAACCCAAAUUUAAGGCUAACCUGCUGGAGUCAGUGGAUAAUUUCCAGAAGGAAGUGCUCAAAUAUAGACGACAAUAUGAAAAGGAAGGUCCUAUGGUUUCAGGUAUUCAGCCUGCUGAAGCCAGCACCAGAUUACAGAUCUUUCAGAGUUGGUUUGAUGACUUAUGGAGGAAAUUUGUGACAUAUUCUUCUGGAGAGCAUUUAUUUGGAUUGCCAAUCCAAGACUAUGAAAUACUACAGAAAAAUAAGAAGGAGCUAGGGCUGCUGCAGAAAUUGUAUGGUUUGUAUGAUGCAGUGAUGAAUAAUAUUAAUGGUUACUAUGAUGUGCUGUGGACUGAGCUAGACAUUGAGAAGAUUAAUGCUGAACUCUUGGACUUUCAAAACAGGUGUCGUAGGUUGCCCAAAGGCUUGAAGGGAUGGCAGGCGUUUCUGGAUCUGAAAAAAAAAAUAGAUGAUUUCAGUGAAUCAUGUCCUCUCCUGGAAAUGAUGUCCAGCAAGUCAGUAAAAUCAAGACAUUGGGACCGGAUAGCUGAAGUAACAGGGCAUGAGUUUAAUGUGGCGUCAGAAACGUUCUCUCUGAAAAAUGUUAUGGAUGCUCCAUUGCUUCAAUUUAAGGAAGAAAUUGAGGAUAUCUGCAUAUCCUCUGUGAAAGAAAAGGACAUUGAGGCAAAAUUGACUCAGGUGAUGCAGACUUGGGUCAGUCAGACUCUGAGUUUCUCUAUGUUUAAGAAUCGAGGAGAACUAUUGCUAAAAGGAAUAGAGACAGGAGAAAUCAUAACAAUGAUGGAGGAUAGUUUAAUGAUCUUGAGCUCUUUGCUCAGCAACAGGUAUAACACUUACUAUAAGAAGGAUAUUCAGAUCUGGAUACAUAAUCUGACAACAUGCACAACUAUAAUAGAACAAUGGCUUUUAGUUCAAAAUCUGUGGAUUUAUCUGGAAGCUGUCUUUGUUGGAGGGGAUAUUGCCAAACAACUGCCACAGGAAGCAAAACGUUUUCAAAAUGUUGAUAAAUCAUGGAUAAAAAUUAUGCAACGAGCCCAUGAAAUUCCAACUGUCGUCCAGUGUUGUGUGGGAGAUGACACGAUGGGACAGCUUCUACCCCACUUAAAUGAACAACUGGAGGUUUGCCAAAAAUCCCUAACAGGAUAUUUAGAAAAGAAAAGGUUGCUAUUUCCUAGAUUCUUCUUUGUAUCAGAUCCAACUUUACUGGAAAUCCUUGGACAAGCCAGUGACUCACACACCAUCCAGGACCACUUAGUGGGAAUAUUCGAUAACGUAAAUAAAGUGGCUUUCCAUCCAAAGGAUUACGAUCACAUUUUGUCUGUCAUUUCCAGGGAAGGAGAACAAAUUCAAUUGGAUACCCCAGUGGUUGCAAAGGGCCCUGUGGAACUAUGGUUAAGUGACUUACUGCGUGUGCAGCAAGCUUCUUUGCACACUGUGAUUAAAUUAGCAUAUUACAGCUUCAGUGAACCAGAGUUCCAGCUAAUACCUUUCCUCUAUGAGGCUCCUGGCCAGGUUGGAAUUCUUGCAAUCCAGAUACUGUGGACACGGGAUUCAGAGGAUGCAAUUAAACUUGCAAAAGACAGUAAAAAGAUUAUGCAAACAACUAAUCAAAAAUUCCUAGAGCUUCUGAACUCCCUUAUCAGCCAAACAACACAUGACCUGACUACGUUUCAAAGAAUCCAGUUUGAAACUCUUGUUACCAUUCAUGUUCACCAGAGGGACAUAUUUGACGACUUGGUCAAAAUGCAUAUUAGAACAGUGAAUGACUUUGAAUGGCUGAAACAAAGCAGAGUUUAUUUUAGAGAUGAAACACAAGAUAUCAGAGUGGGGAUCACUGAUGUGGAAUUUAUCUAUCAGAAUGAAUUUUUGGGCUGCACUGAUCGACUUGUUAUCACACCUUUGACAGACAGAUGCUACAUCACUUUAGCUCAAGCUUUGUGGAUGAAUAUGGGAGCUGCCCCUGCUGGACCUGCAGGAACAGGCAAAACAGAAACUGUGAAGGACAUGGGCAAAGCUCUUGGAAAAUACGUUGUUGUGUUCAAUUGUUCCGAUCAAAUGGAUUUCAGAGGAUUAGGGAGAAUCUUCAAAGGUUUGGCGCAGUCUGGUUCUUGGGGUUGCUUUGAUGAAUUUAAUCGUAUUGAGCUGCCUGUAUUAUCUGUAGCAGCGCAACAGAUAUAUAUUGUUCUUGUGGCAAGGAAAGAAAGAAAACAAAAUUUUAUCUUCACCGAUGGAGAUAAUGUAUCACUGAACCCAGAGUUUGGCAUUUUUAUCACAAUGAAUCCUGGGUAUGCAGGGCGACAAGAACUACCAGAAAAUCUAAAAAUCCAAUUUAGGACAGUGGCCAUGAUGGUGCCAGAUAGACAGAUCAUUAUAAGGGUCAAGCUUGCCAGUGUUGGAUUUUUGGAUAACGUAUCAUUGUCUCAGAAAUUCUUUGUACUUUACAAGCUCUGUGAAGAGCAACUUACUAAGCAGGUUCAUUAUGACUUUGGCUUGAGAAACAUUCUGUCUGUAUUGAGGACAUUGGGAGCUCAGAAGAGAGCACGGCCAGAAGACAGUGAAUCAACAAUUGUUAUGAGAGUACUGAGAGACAUGAAUCUUUCUAAACUGGUGGAUGAAGAUGAACCCCUUUUCCUAAGCCUGAUCAGUGAUCUGUUCCCUGGUAUCCAGUUGGAUAGCAGCACCUACACAGAACUGCAGGCAGCUGUAGCUAAUCAGGUGGAAAUAGCAGGAUUAGUCAACCACCCACCCUGGAAUCUCAAACUGGUUCAGCUGUUUGAAACAGCCAGAGUUCGUCACGGAUUGAUGACAUUGGGUCCCAGUGGCUCUGGAAAGACUUGUGUCAUUCGUACUCUAAUGCAAUCACUAACCGAAUGUGGAGCCCCUCAUCGGGAAAUGCGCAUGAAUCCUAAGGCUAUUACUGCUCCACAAAUGUUUGGGCGACUGGACCCUGCAACUAAUGAUUGGACUGAUGGAAUCUUCUCAACACUAUGGAGGAAAUCUAUCAAGUCAAAAAAAGGUAAUAAUAUCUGGAUAAUUCUGGAUGGUCCAGUGGAUGCUAUUUGGAUAGAAAAUUUAAAUUCUGUUCUGGACGACAACAAGACAUUAACUUUGGCUAAUGGUGACCGCAUUCCCAUGGCUCCUUCCUGCAAACUACUGUUUGAGGUACAUAACAUUGAAAAUGCAUCUCCAGCCACAGUGUCCAGAAUGGGGAUGGUCUACAUCAGCUCUUCUGCUCUCAACUGGAAGCCAAUUUUGAAGGCUUGGUUAAACAUACGUACUCCUUGGGAGGGCGAAAUUCUACAAGGCUUGUAUGACAAAGUCUUUGAAGAUAGUUAUGAAUUCAUGAAAUUAAAUCUCAAUCCAGUAAUGGAGCUUCUGGAGUGCAACUACAUCAUGCAGUCCAUUACCUUGCUCGACGGUUUGAUUCCUUCAAAGGAAGAUGGAGGAAUUUCUGAUGCAUUGCAACUUAAGCGGCUUUUUGUAUUUGUGCUGAUGUGGAGUAUUGGUGCCCUGUUGGAAUUAGACAGCAGAGCUAAACUUGAGCAAUUCCUCCAAAAACACAACAGCAAACUUAGCCUACCUAUGAUCCCUGAAAAUAGCAACGAAACCAUUUUUGAGUAUCUUGUCAAUCAUCAAGGUGAAUGGCAGCACUGGAGAGUUUGGGUUCAGGAAUACCUUUAUCCAACCGACAAUGUGCCAGACUAUAAUUCAAUCCUAGUACCAAAUGUUGACAAUGUUAGGACUAACUUUCUUGUGGACAUCAUCUCUAAACAAAAUAAGGCAGUACUUCUGACUGGAGAACAGGGAACAGCCAAAACAGUAAUGAUUAAAGGAUAUUUGAAAAAAUAUGAUCCUGAAGAACAUCUGUCCAAGAGUUUAAAUUUCUCUUCUGCCACAGAACCUUACAUGUUCCAGAGAACUGUUGAAAGUUAUUUGGAAAAGCGUGUAGGGAGAACUUAUGGACCUCCAAGUGGACGGAAAAUGACAGUAUUUGUUGAUGAUAUCAACAUGCCAAUUAUCAAUGAGUGGGGAGAUCAGAUUACGAAUGAAAUAGUUCGUCAGAUGAUCGAAAUGCAUGGAAUGUACAACUUGGAUAAACCAGGAGCCUUUACUAAAAUUAUUGAUGUACAAUUAAUGGCUGCAAUGAUCCAUCCAGGGGGAGGGCGCAAUGAUAUUCCACAACGUUUAAAGAGGCAUUUCACAGUCUUCAACUGUACACUACCUACCAAUGAUUCAAUUGACAAAAUCUUUGGAAUUAUUGGAAAUGGAUAUUUUCACCCAGCCAGACACUUCAACCCUGAAGUCACUGACAUGAUAACAAAACUCGUUGCCACUGGCAGAACCCUCUGGCAGUGGACAAAGGUGAAAAUGCUACCCACUCCGGCUAAAUUUCAUUACAUCUUUAACCUGAGGGACCUAUCUCGCAUCUGGCAGGGCAUGUUGACCAUAAAGGCUGAAGAGUGCUCCAAUCUGGAGACACUGCUUGCUUUGUUUAAACAUGAAUGUACUAGGGUCAUUGCAGACAGAUUUGUAAGUCAACAAGAUAAAGAUUGGUUUGAAAAUGCAAUUGCCCGUGCAGUUGAAAAAGUCAUUGGAAAAGGAAUAGCAGAAAAGCUUCAUGAAGAUCCAUACUUUGUUGAUUUCCUUCGGGAUAUGCCAGAACCAACUGGUGAUGAGCCUGAAGAUUAUGUAUUUGUUGUCCCAAAAAUCUAUGAAAUGAUACCAAGUUAUGAAUUCCUGACUGAAAAAUUGCAGUUUUAUCAAGAACAACAUAAUGAAGGUGUCCGAUCAGGCUUUUUUGAUCUCGUCUUCUUCAAGGAUGCAAUGACACACCUGAUAAAAAUAUCUCGUAUAAUCCGUACAGAUUGUGGAAAUGCUUUGCUGGUUGGAGUCGGUGGUUCUGGAAAACAAAGCUUUACAAAGCUGGCAUCUUAUAUUGCUGGAUAUAAAAUCUUUCAGAUCACUUUAACAAGAGCGUAUAACGUCAGCAAUUUGAUGGAUGACUUGAAGAUAUUGUACAGAACAGCGGGGGCAGAGGGAAAGGGAAUCACUUUCAUAUUCACUGAUAACGAAAUCAAGGAAGAGUCUUUUCUUGAGUAUCUCAACAACGUACUCUCAUCUGGAGAGGUGUCAAACUUAUUUGCUCGGGAUGAACUUGAUGAGAUUACUCAAUCCCUGAUUGCAUCAAUGAAGAAAGAAGCCCCUCGUAUCCCUCCCACUUUUGACAAUCUAUACGAGUAUUUUAUUAAUAGAGCCAGGAUAAAUCUGCAUGUUGUCCUCUGCUUCUCCCCGGUUGGUGAAAAGUUUCGAUCACGUGCACUAAAGUUCCCUGGUCUGAUCUCUGGUUGCACUAUGGAUUGGUUCAGCCGUUGGCCAAGAGAGGCAUUGGUUGCUGUCUCUAACUAUUUCCUUUCUGGCUUUUACAUUGCUUGCUCAGACGAGGUCAAAACCCAACUUGUGGCAACAAUGGGUGUCUUUCAUGACAGGGUCUAUCAAACAUGCGAGGACUAUUUUCAGAGAUAUCGGCGAAGAAUGCAUAUAACCCCCAAAUCUUACCUUGCCUUUAUAAACAGCUACAAAUCUGUUUACACAGACAAACAUGUAGGCAUCAAUGAUCUAGCAGAGCACAUGCAAAUUGGUCUCUCCAAGCUUCUGGAAGCAACUGAAUCAGUAGCUCUUCUCGCAAAGGAACUCGCAAAGAAAGAAAAGGAGCUGGCAGUGGCAUCACGUAAUGCUGAUAAGGUUCUAGGAGAGGUGACAGUGAGUGCACAAGCAGCAGAGCUAGUCAAGAAUGAAGUCAUGAUAGUGAAAGAUAAGGCCCAGAAAAUUGUGGAUGAAAUUGAAGUGGAUAAAAACUUUGCAGAGGGCAAGCUGAUAGCUGCGAAACCAGCACUAGAAGCUGCAGAGGCUGCUCUCAAUACAAUCAAACCUGCUGAUAUUUCCACUGUGCGUAAAUUAGCCAAACCACCUCACCUGAUUAUGAGGAUUCUCGACUGUGUGCUGGUUCUCUUCCAAAAGAAAAUGGAUGCAGUCACUAUGGACCCUGAAAGACCCUGUGUCAAGCCAUCCUGGGGGGAAUCUUUGAAGUUGUUGAGUGGCACUGGCUUCCUCCAGGCCCUGCAGCAGUUUCCAAAGGACACCAUCAAUGAUGAAACAGUAGAGCUUCUCCAGCCAUAUUUCAUAAUGGACGAUUAUACAUUUGAACAUGCGAAGAAAGUCUGUGGGAAUGUUGCUGGUUUGUUAUCCUGGACUCAAGCUAUGGCUGCCUUCUUUGCCAUCAAUAAAGAGGUGCUGCCUCUAAAGGCUAAUUUGGCAGUACAAGAAAACCGCCUCCAACGGGCCAUGAAGGAGUUAGGAACUGCUCAAGCCCAGCUGGAUGAGAAACAAGCUGAGCUGGACAAGGUACAGGCAAAGUUCGAUGCUGCCAUGAAAGAGAAAAUGGACCUGCUGGAAGAUGCGGAAACAUGUCGAAGAAAGAUGGAAACUGCAUCAGCCCUGAUAGAUGGCCUAAGUGGUGAAAGAAUCAGAUGGACAGACCAGUGCAAGGUGUUUAAAACGCAAAUCAACAGAUUAGUGGGAGAUGUGCUGUUGGCUACUGGUUUUCUCUCAUAUAGUGGUCCCUUCAAUCAAACUUUCAGAGAUAUACUGUUCAAAGUAAUUUGGGAAGCAGAGCUGCAGAACCAGAAAAUUCCAUAUUCAGAUAGUAUGAACCUUAUAAGCUUUCUGGUGGAUCAGCCUACGAUUGGUGAGUGGAACCUACAAGGGUUACCAAGUGAUGACCUGUCAGUUCAGAAUGGCAUAAUUGUAACCAAAGCAACCAGGUAUCCCCUUCUCAUAGACCCUCAGACACAGGGGAAAACCUGGAUCAAGAGGAAGGAGAAACAUAAUGAAUUACAGGUAACAUCACUUAAUCAUAAGUAUUUCCGGAAUCACCUGGAGGAUUCGUUAUCACUUGGCCGGCCUCUGCUAUUGGAAGAUGUGCAGGAAGAGUUGGAUCCUGUACUGGAUAAUGUGUUGGAGAAAAACUUCAUCAAAUCUGGGACCUCCUUUAAGGUGAAAGUGGGAGAUAAAGAAACUGAUAUAAUGUCCGGAUUCAUGUUCUACAUUACAACAAAACUUCCUAACCCUGCUUACACUCCAGAAAUCAGUGCCAAGACAUCAAUCAUUGACUUCACUGUAACCAUUAAGGGUCUUGAGAAUCAGCUGCUUGGCCGAGUGAUCCUUACUGAGAAACAGGAGCUGGAAGCAGAGCGUGUGCAGCUGAUUGAGGAAGUCACUGCCAACAGACGCAAAAUGAAGGAAUUGGAGGAUAACCUGCUAUUCAAACUCAGCACUACCAAAGGUUCACUGGUGGAUGAUGAGUCUUUGAUUGGAGUCCUUCAGGUAACAAAGUCAACAGCAACCGAAGUUAGUGAGAAGCUGCAUGUGGCAGCGGAGACGGAGAUAAAAAUUAACACUGCGCAGGAGGAAUAUCGGCCAGCAGCCACUCGUGGUAGUAUCCUGUAUUUCCUCAUUACAGAAAUGAGCAUGGUUAACAUCAUGUACCAGACCUCACUUGCACAAUUUCUGAAGCUAUUUGACCUCUCCAUGGCCAGAUCGAAGAAGUCACCUGUUGCUACAAAGCGAAUCAGAAACAUUAUCGACUACCUGACCUAUGAAGUGUUUAAAUAUUCAGUGCGUGGUCUUUAUGAAACUCACAAGUUCCUUUUCACUUUAUUGCUGCCUCUGAAGAUUAACCUUGAACGAGGAUACAUCAAAUACAAUGAAUUUCAGACCCUGAUAAAAGGUGGAGCAGCCCUUGACCUUAAAGCCAGUCCAAAUAAACCUUUCCGCUGGAUCCCUGAUAUGACCUGGUUGAAUUUGGUGGAGCUGAGAAAACUCUCUCAGUUUGCAGACAUACUGACCGAGAUAACUAAGAGUGAGAAGAUUUGGAAAGUCUGGUUUGAUGCUGAUGCCCCAGAAGAAGCAGUAAUUCCUCAUGGAUACACCGACUCUUUAGAUUCAUUCUGCAAGCUAUUGCUCAUCAGAUCAUGGUGUCCUGACAGAAUUCUCUCACAAGCUCGAAACUACAUUUCUGAUGCAAUGGGAGCCAAAUAUGCAGAGCCGGUGAUUCUAAACCUGGAGACAACCUGGGAAGAAAGUGACACACAAACUCCUCUGAUCUGUUUCCUGUCCAUGGGCUCUGAUCCCAGCAAUCAGAUUGAAGGACUGGCCAAAAAGCUUGAAAUUGCUUGUAGGGCAAUGUCCAUGGGUCAGGGACAAGAAGUUCAUGCCAGAAAGUUGGUGGCAAUGUCUAUGCAACAGGGUGGAUGGGUUUUACUACAGAACUGCCAUUUAGGAUUGGAAUUUAUGAAUGAGCUGUUAGAGACCUUAAUGUCAAAUGAGAAUGCGCACAAAUCUUUCCGAGUGUGGAUAACCACUGAACCACAUCCGAAGUUCCCAAUCACACUGCUACAGACAUCCAUCAUGUACACCAAUGAACCUCCUCAGGGAGCGCGGGCAGGACUGAAAAGAACAUUUAGUGGGAUCUCUCAAGACCAAAUAGAAUAUUCAAACCUACCCAUGUGGAAACCACUACUAUAUGCAGUCGCUUUCCUGCACACCACUGUCCAGGAACGGCGGAAGUUUGGACCACUGGGAUGGUGUAUUCCAUAUGAAUUUAACUCUUCAGAUUUCACAGCCAGUAUCCAGUUCAUACAGAACCACCUGGACGAUUGUGACAAAAAGAAGGGCGUAUCAUGGACAACCAUACGUUACAUGCUUGGUGAAGUUCAAUACGGAGGACGCGUUACAGACGACUAUGACAAGCGCCUCCUCAACUGCUUUUGCAAGGUGUGGUUCAGUGAGAAGACAUUUGAUCCCAAGUUCAGCUUUUAUACUGAUUACAUUAUUCCAAUAUGUGCCAGUGUAGAAAACUAUCUGGAGUACAUUCAGACAUUACCUGCUGUUGACACCCCUCAGGUGUUUGGCCUACAUCCAAAUGCUGACAUCACGUACCAAAGUAACACUGCGGCUGAAAUUCUCAACACUAUUACCAAUAUCCAGCCAAAGGAAAGUUCUGGAAGAGGAGGAGAGACCCGAGAGGCCAGUGUCUUUAAACUGUCUGACAGUAUGCUGAAAAAACUGCCCCCAGAUUAUUUGGCACAUGAGGUGAAAGCUCACCUCGUAAAAAUGGGAAUUUUGAAUUCAAUGAAUAUCUUCCUGCAUCAAGAAAUUGACAGAAUGCAGAAGGUUAUCAUGAUGCUCCGGAACUGUCUAACUGACUUACAACUGGCCAUAGAGGGAACCAUCAUCAUGAGCGAGAAUUUAACAGAUGCCUUGGAUAACAUGUACAAUGCUCGUGUCCCUGUGAUGUGGAAGAGGAUUUCCUGGGAUUCUUCUACAUUGGGAUUCUGGUUCACAGAGUUUCUAGAGAGAAAUGCGCAAUUUUCUUCUUGGAUAUUUGAGGGCAGGCCCAAUGUAUUUUGGAUGACAGGGUUCUUUAAUCCCCAGGGAUUCCUAACUGCUAUGAGACAGGAAGUAACACGUGCACAUAAAGGCUGGGCGCUGGACAGUGUCACUCUACACAACGAAGUCACAAAACUGAUGAAAGAUGAGAUUAAAAUACCACCCCCGGAGGGAGUGUACAUUUAUGGCCUUUACCUGGAUGGAGCAGGUUGGGACAGGAGAAAUACCCGACUGACUGAAUCAACUGCAAAGGUUCUCUUUACAAUGCUACCUGUCAUCUAUAUAUUUGCCAUCAAUUCCACUGUGCCCAAGGAUCCUAAAUUAUACAUCUGUCCAGUCUAUAAGAAACCACAACGCACUGAUCUGAUGUUCAUUACCACCCUCUGCCUGAAAACAGUCCAGCCACCUGACCAUUGGAUCCUGAGAGGGGCAGCUCUGCUCUGUGAUAUCAAGUAA